AUGAAACUCACUACAAUCGCUUCCAUGGCAGCAGCUGCCUCUUGUGUCUCCGGUAUGGGAGAUCUGGGAUUCAACCUUGGUGUGAAGAACAAUGAUGGUACCUGCAAGAGCACACAGGACUACGAAAAUGACCUCAACAUCUUGAAGGGUUACACCUCGACUGUGAAAGUGUAUGCUGCUUCUGACUGUAACACACUUCAGAAUCUCGGCCCAGCUGUCGAAGAGGCUGGAUUCGGUCUUUUCGUCGGUGUGUGGCCCAACGAUGACGCUCACUUUGAAGCUGAAAAGGAGGCGCUGCAAUCGUACCUACCUUGGAUCAAAUCUUCCACUGUUCGCGGUAUUUUGGUGGGUUCCGAAGCCCUUUACCGUAACGAUCUAACUGCGUCUGAGCUUUCUGAUAAGAUCAACAAUGUGCGCGAUCUCAUUGCUGACAUCAAGGAUUCGCAAGGCCAAUCUUACUCCGGCAAAGCCGUUGGUACUGUGGACUCUUGGAACGUUUUAGUUGAUGGCGCCAAUGCGGAGGUUAUCAAAUCCUCGGAUAUGAUCAUGGCCAACGCCUUCUCCUACUGGCAAGGUCAGACUAUGCAGAACGCUUCUUACUCGUUCUUCGAUGAUAUCAUGCAAGCCAUGCAAACCAUUCAAACUGCCAAGGGUUCUGACAUUCCUUUCUGGGUUGGCGAGACUGGCUGGCCUACCGACGGUACUAACUAUGAGUCUUCUUACCCAAGUGUUGACAACGCCAAGCAAUUCUGGCAAGAGGGUAUUUGCGCUAUGAGAGCUUGGGGUGUUAAUGUCGUAGCUUUCGAAGCUUUUGACGAGGACUGGAAGCCAAACACCUCUGGCACGUCAGAUGUUGAAAAGCACUGGGGUGUCUGGACAUCCGAAGACAGCUUAAAGUACUCUUUGGACUGCAGCUUCUCCAGCUAA